UAUGUACAGCCCCAAAGAAGGUCGAAUGUCAUGCAAAACAUUAUCCUCGACAUUCUCUUUUGCAGCUUGGACAGGAUAUUAUUUGUAAUGCAAAAGAUGGGCUCUUGUGUUUGAACAAAAAUCAAAAUAUCACAAAGCAAUGUUUUGAUUAUGAAAUCAGAGUUUUAUGCUGUCAUGGAAAAUGUGGCAGCUCCACACAGGCAGCAACAACCUCUGCAAGGUUGUCACUUUCAAGAACAACCACACCAGCAACAGCUUCUUCAGGUACAACUUCUAUACAACAGAAACCAUCUUUCAUUACAUCAAAACCAGUUACUUCUACCUCUGAAUGUUCUUGUCAUUGGUCAGAAGCUUUGGACUUUGGUGGCCCGACAGUAGGACCCGAAGGUGGCAUAAGAGUAACAAUCAAAAAAAUAACAGAUACCUAUCCGUCCCUAUGUACAGCCCCAAAGAAGGUGGAAUGCCAUGCAAAACAUUAUCCUCGACAUUCUCUUUUGCAGAUUGGACAGGAUAUUAUUUGUAAUGCAAAAGAUGGGCUCCUGUGUCUGAACAAAAAACAAAAUAUCACAAAGCAAUGCUUUGAUUAUGAAAUCAGAGUAUUAUGCUGUAAUGGAAAAUGCGACAGCUCCACACAGGCAGCAACAACCUCUGCAAGGUUGUCACUUUCAAGAACAACCAAACCAGCAACAGCUUCUUCAGGUACAGCUUCUAUACAACAGAAACCAUCUUUCAUUACAUCAAAACCAGUUACUUCUACCUCUGAAUGUAACUGUCAUUGGUCAGAAGCGUUGGACUUUGGUGGCCCGACAGUAGGACCCGAAGGUGGCAUAAGAGUAACAAUCAAAAAAAUAACAGAUACCUAUCCGUCCCUAUGUACAGCCCCAAAGAAGGUGGAAUGCCAUGCAAAACAUUAUCCUCGACAUUCUCUUUUGCAGCUUGGACAGGAUAUUAUUUGUAAUGCAAAAGAUGGGCUCCUGUGUCUGAACAAAAAACAAAAUAUCACAAAGCAAUGCUUUGAUUAUGAAAUCAGAGUAUUAUGCUGUCAUGGAAGAUGCGACAGCUCCACACAGGCAGCAACAACCUCUGCAAGGUUGUCACUUUCAAGAACAACCAAACCAGCAACAGCUUCUUCAGGUACAACUUCUAUACAACAGAUGCCAUCUUCCAUUACAUCAAAACCAGUUACUUCUACCUCUGAAUGUACCUGUCAUUGGUCAGAAGUGUUGGACUUUGGUGGCCCGACAGUAGGACCCGAAGGUGGCAUAAGAGUAACAAUCAAAAAAAUAACAGAUACCUAUCCAUCCCUAUGUACAGCCCCAAAGAAGGUGGAAUGCUAUGCAAAACAUUAUCCUCGACAUUCUCUUUUGCAGCUUGGACAGGAUAUUAUUUGUAAUGCAAAAGAUGGGCUCCUGUGUCUGAACAAAAAACAAAAUAUCACAAAGCAAUGCUUUGAUUAUGAAAUCAGAGUAUUAUGCUGUAAUGGAAAAUGCGACAGCUCCACACAGGCAGCAACAACCUCUGCAAGGUUGUCACUUUCAAGAACAACCAAACCAGCAACAGCUUCUUCAAGUACAGCUUCUAUACAACAGAAACCAUCUUUCAUUACAUCAAAACCAGUUACUUCUACCUCUGAAUGUAACUGUCAUUGGUCAGAAGCGUUGGACUUUGGUGGCCCGACAGUAGGACCCGAAGGUGGCAUAAGAGUAACAAUCAAAAAAAUAACAGAUACCUAUCCGUCCCUAUGUACAGCCCCAAAGAAGGUCGAAUGUCAUGCAAAACAUUAUCCUCGACAUUCUCUUUUGCAGCUUGGACAGGAUAUUAUUUGUAAUGCAAAAGAUGGGCUCCUGUGUCUGAACAAAAAACAAAAUAUCACAAAGCAAUGCUUUGAUUAUGAAAUCAGAGUAUUAUGCUGUCAUGGAAGAUGCGACAGCUCCACACAGGCAGCAACAACCUCUGCAAGGUUGUCACUUUCAAGAACAACCAAACCAGCAACAGCUUCUUCAGGUACAACUUCUAUACAACAGAUGCCAUCUUCCAUUACAUCAAAACCAGUUACUUCUACCUCUGAAUGUACCUGUCAGUGGUCAGAAGUGUUGGACUUUGGUGGCCCGACAGUAGGACCCGAAGGUGGCAUAAGAGUAACAAUCAAAAAAAUAACAGAUACCUAUCCAUCCCUAUGUACAGCCCCAAAGAAGGUGGAAUGCUAUGCAAAACAUUAUCCUCGACAUUCUCUUUUGCAGCUUGGACAGGAUAUUAUUUGUAAUGCAAAAGAUGGGCUCCUGUGUCUGAACAAAAAACAAAAUAUCACAAAGCAAUGCUUUGAUUAUGAAAUCAGAGUAUUAUGCUGUAAUGGAAAAUGCGACAGCUCCACACAGGCAGCAACAACCUCUGCAAGGUUGUCACUUUCAAGAACAACCAAACCAGCAACAGCUUCUUCAGGUACAGCUUCUAUACAACAGAAACCAUCUUUCAUUACAUCAAAACCAGUUACUUCUACCUCUGAAUGUAACUGUCAUUGGUCAGAAGCGUUGGACUUUGGUGGCCCGACAGUAGGACCCGAAGGUGGCAUAAGAGUAACAAUCAAAAAAAUAACAGAUACCUAUCCGUCCCUAUGUACAGCCCCAAAGAAGGUGGAAUGCCAUGCAAAACAUUAUCCUCGACAUUCUCUUUUGCAGCUUGGACAGGAUAUUAUUUGUAAUGCAAAAGAUGGGCUCCUGUGUCUGAACAAAAAUCAAAAUAUCACAAAGCAAUGCUUUGAUUAUAAUAUCAGGGUACUAUGUUGCCAUGGAAAAUGUGACAACUCCACACAAACACCAACAACUCCUUCUAGGAUGUCAGGAUUAACAACAACCACAAUUUCAAGUACACUUCCAGCAACUUCUACACCUUCCAAGACCUCAAAACUAUCCCCAACUACUCCUACCCCACCAUGCAUUUGUCAGUGGUCAAAAUGGUUGAAUUUUGGCAGACCAACAACUGGUCCUGAAGGCGGUAAACUUAUACCAGUCAAAAUCAUCACUGAUACCCAUCCAAUGACCUGCUCAAUACCACAGGGAAUUGAAUGUCGUGCAAAACUUUAUCCCCGACUUCCUGUAUCACAGCUUGGCCAGGUAGUGAACUGUAAUCUUAAAGAUGGACUUGUUUGCCUAAAUAAAAAGCAAAAUAUUACACAGCAGUGCUUUGACUAUGAGAUCAGAGUGUUGUGCUGUCAUCGGGAUUGUGCUAGUGCAACUUUACCAGCAGCAUUGACUCUAGCUUUAUUAAAUUCCUCCUCAAGUGUAAGCACAACUAUAGUAUCCCCAACAAGAGCAAAGACUACAACCAUUUCAAAAAAAUCUUCUGAAUGUAUUUGCCAGUGGUCAGACUGGAUGGACUUUGGCAGUCCAACAACAGGGCCUGAAGGUGGUGAAAUUAUACCUGUAAACUCAAUAAUGAAGACACAUUUUAAUAUUAGCUCCGUUCCAACUGAGGUUAAAUGCCAUGCAAAACUUUACCCUGGACUGCUUCUUUCACAGUUGGGCCAGGUAGUUACAUGCAAUUCUGUGGAUGGACUUGUUUGUUUAAAUAAGAACCAAGGUGUUACGCAACAAUGUUUUGAUUAUGAGAUUCAAAUAUUGCAUUGUCAUGGAUUGUGUGGAAAAUCAUCCAAAAUUAGACAAACAAAUCAGCAUUUUUCAAACAGCACAAUAAGCACCACUAGAAGUUUGCCAAUUAUCACAGGUUCAACAGGAGGUCAGAUCACUGUACAUCAAGACUGUGUCUGUGAAAUCAAUGGCAAAACGUUUAAGCCAGAAUCAGAAAUUUAUAACAAAACUGAUGGUGAUGGAUGGUGUUACACAGCAAAAUGUGUCAAAAUGGAAGCUAAGAAGUGUGAGGUGAUAACAUCAUCAGUACCCUGUUUAACAACAGUGUUGCCCUCAGCCUCAAAACCACUGUCAGGCAAUUGUGAUAAACAUAUGCCUCCUCUUAAAAAUGGUGAAUCAAUUCAUGUGGGAAAUUGCUCUAUAGACAGAUGCAUAAAUGGUACAGUGGAACAUAAAGCAGUACAAUGUGAUCCUGUCCAGUAUCCUGUGUGUAAAAACAAAUUUCAACCACUGAAAGUUGCUGACGAGUCUGGAUGCUGUUUUAAAUAUGAGUGCCAAAAAAUCAUCGACUCUCAGAAAAACGGGGCAGCGUUCUGAAGUUCAUAGUUCCUCUGCUGAACACCAGCACAACACCGGCUCAGAUUUCAGCAACAUACAAGCACUAUUUAAAUGGAAAAGGGAUAACAGGGAUAACACUGAA